AUGGUCGGGACUCAACUGUCUAACCCAGACAAUUCAAGCUUCCAAGCUCGCUUUCUGUCGAGUUCACCGCUUGCGGAGGCGGCAAUCGCUCGAGAUAUAGAAAAUUAUGCCGACGAUGAAGACUCGAUAGCUGCUUCCGAAGUUGAUGAUCAGUCUGAGGCGUCGACGGUGCGUGCGAUCAACAGUCAUCCUGGCACGGCUUCCCACUCUUUGGUAGGCUCCUACCAGCGUCCCAGCUUCUUCACUACAGUAUCGCAUGCUACCGUUGUUCCAUAUCGGGGAGAUCGGGAAUAUUUGACGCAAAGAGAGCGCGACCAAGCCAUCGAAGAGGAAAGACGUCUUCUGAGUGACAACCACGUCAUAUCUGAUGAUCGCAGAUCCAUCAAGCACCAUGGAUCGCAGCGCAGGUUGAGCGGGCUUCUGUCUCGUAGUCUACGCUCAAAGACGCCGGAGCCUGCUGAAUCUCCGGAGACCGACAGUGAGGUGGAAGGACGGCAUGGGGCGGAAGGCAUCUCUACCCCAACAGAAUCUACCUCGCUGCUGGGGAAUGGAGCCGGUGGUCACGGUUAUAGCACGAGAGAUGCUGAGGCGAUCGACCGAAAGUGGGAAGAAGCGGUUGUUGCCGGCCAGAUUCAUACGACAUGGCAGCGGGAAGCCCAGGUGAUUAGCAAAUAUGCGGCGCCAUUAACUCUUACUUUCCUGCUCCAGUAUUCCCUGACAGUAGCGAGCAUUUUCACUUUGGGCCACUUGGGAAAAAGGGAGCUUGGUGCAGUCAGCUUGGCUAGUAUGACUGCGAACAUCACCGGCUACGCAGUCUACCAGGGCCUCGCGACUAGUUUAGAUACUCUCUGUUCACAGGCCUACGGAUCUGGGAAGAAGAAGCUUGUCGGUCUGCAGAUGCAGAAGAUGGUUUUCUUCCUGUGGGCUAUUACUGUUCCCAUUUCUGUCAUCUGGGUUUUCUCUGACAAGGUCCUCAUGAUGAUCGUCCCGGAGAAGGAGGUCGCCAUGCUGGCAGGUUUGUACCUGAAGGUGCUCAUCUUAGGCGCCCCGGGGUACGCUUGUUUCGAGAGCGGAAAACGAUACAUGCAGGCACAGGGCCUGUUUUCGGCCUCUCUCUAUGUCCUACUCAUCUGUGCUCCCCUCAAUGCAUUCAUGAACUGGUUCUUCGUAUGGAAACUUGGCUGGGGCUUCAUUGGUGCGCCCAUCUCUGUCGCCAUCACCGACAACCUGAUGCCGCUCUUCCUGUUCCUCUACGUGUAUUUCAUCCGUGGUUCGGAAUGUUGGAAUGGUCUGACUACACGUGCUUUCCGUAACUGGGGCCCGAUGAUUCGACUUGCCCUUCCUGGGUUGGUGAUGGUUGAGGCUGAGUGUCUUGCCUUUGAGAUCCUGACUCUAGCUUCUUCUUGGCUUGGCACGACUCCCCUCGCGGCGCAAUCAGUCUUGUCCACCAUCUCGAGCAUUACAUUCCAAAUUCCAUUCCCCGUAUCCAUCUCCGGCAGCACUCGCGUUGCGAACCUCAUUGGCGCCACCCUUGUGGAUGCGGCGAAGACUUCGGCGAAAGUCACCAUGGGGUUUGCAGUCAUUGUCGGCCUUCUGAACAUGAUUUUCCUCUCAGCCUUGCGCCAGCAUAUUCCCACCCUGUUUACUUCGGAUGAGGAGGUCAUCGAACUUGUCGCUCAGGUUCUUCCCCUUUGCGCGGCAUUCCAGCUGUUCGAUGCCCUGGCGGCCAACUGUAAUGGUAUCUUGCGAGGCAUCGGGCGGCAGGAAAUCGGAGGCUACGUGCAGCUGUUUUCCUACUAUGCCAUUGCGAUGCCCAUCAGCUUUGGUACAACUUUCGGGCUCAACUGGGGCUUGUUUGGUCUGUGGUCGGGUGUCGCCAUUGCCCUUUGCCUGGUGUCGAUCAUUGAGAUGAUUUUCCUUACUCGGGCGGAUUGGAAUCGGGCGGUUACUGAUGCUCUUCGCAGAAAUGCGAUGAGCUGA